CUUGUGCUUCAUUCCAGUGCACAAGCCGAGCGAAGCAUACGGUUCACGCAGCAGCCAAAGCUUAUAAAUUCGCUCAGGGAAUAAACAUCUAUAAACCGCGCGGCUGUUUCUUUACGGGAAUAACACUUGAUCGUGGACGCAUGUGAGUGCGCACAUGCAUAUAGCCGGGACGAUACACCAUGGUUCUGACACAAGUGCGGCUGUCUCUGCCUCUGCUCCUCUGACCACAGAGAACAAGAAAAAAGAAAGAAGUCUUUGGAUCUCAUCUUGAAGCCUGGUGUUUCUUUUUCUCAUUGACUCUCAACGAAAUAUUGCUGGAAAUAUUCUCCGGAUGGUGACCACGGGCUGGACUACCUGUUUUCAGCUGAGUCGCUCAGUGCGAGGGGAAGGGACUGGAAGACUUGCGCCCGAUACCUUUUCUCUGGUUUGAUAAAGCACGUUGGAGAUCACUGAAAGGGGAGACGGGCAUAUUCAAACAUUUUAUACCAAGGCUGUUAUUACCUCUGAACUCUCACCUUUACCUGUUUUUUUGGUGAAUGGGGGUAACUCUGGUCCUGGAGGCUUGACGCAGCUGGGACUGGGACAGGGACGGGACUGGGUGCGUGGAGCGUCGGAUCACCCAGGAUUGUAUUCCCUCCUCUCUCUCUCUCUCUCUCUCUCUCUCUCUCUCUCUCUCUCUCUCUCUCUCUCGUGGGUCUAUUUACAUGUCCGACCUGACUGCUUUAUGACAAUGGAUUACUUUCUGCUUUUAUGCAGCCUCUUGCUGCCCGUGGUGUCCGCCGUUGAAGAGACGCUGAUGGACACGAAGUGGGCUACUACAGAAUUAGCCUGGACUGCACACCCUGAGACCGGGUGGGAAGAAGUGAGUGGCUACGACGAUGCCAUGAACCCCAUCCGGACGUACCAAGUCUGCAAUGUACGUGAGCUCAACCAGAAUAAUUGGCUACGCAGUGACUUCAUCCCACGGAAGGAUGUGCUGCGUGUAUAUGUGGAGAUGAAAUUCACAGUGCGUGAUUGCAACAGCAUUCCCAACAUCCCGGGUUCCUGCAAAGAGACCUUCAACCUCUUCUACUACGAGUCUGACUCAGACUCAGCCACAGCCACCAGCCCUUUCUGGAUGGAGAACCCUUAUGUGAAGGUGGACACUAUUGCCCCAGAUGAGAGCUUCUCCAUGCUCGAGUCUGGGCGGGUAAACACAAAAGUCCGAAGUUUCGGGCCAUUGUCCAAAGCCGGGUUCUACUUGGCCUUCCAGGACCUUGGUGCUUGCAUGUCACUCAUCUCAGUGAGGGUGUUUUAUAAGAAGUGCUCCACAACAAUCGCCAACUUCGCCGUCUUCCCAGAGACAGCAACCGGGGCUGAGGCUACGUCCUUGGUCAUCGCGCCAGGAACUUGCGUCCCCAAUGCCGUGGAGGUGUCUGUGCCACUGAAGCUUUACUGCAACGGAGAUGGGGAGUGGAUGGUUCCCGUAGGAGCCUGCACCUGCUCGGCUGGUUUUGAACCAGCAAUGAAGGAAACCCAAUGUCAAGCUUGCAGCCCUGGCACCUUCAAGUCCAAACAGGGAGAUGGCUUCUGCUUGCCCUGUCCUGCCAACAGCCGUGCCAGCUCAGGAGCAGCCAGUGUUUGCUCCUGUCGAAACGGCUACUACCGCUCAGACACUGACUCUCCUGACUCCCCCUGUACCACUGUUCCCUCUGCACCACGCAGUGUCAUCUCCAGCGUGAACGAAACCUCGCUUGUGCUGGAGUGGAGCGAGCCACGUGACAUGGGUGGCCGCGACGACAUCUUCUACAACGUCAUCUGUAAGAAGUGCCUGCCUGAGCGGGGAAUGUGCUCGCGGUGUGAUGACAACGUAGAUAUCUCGCCGCGCCACCUGGGCCUGAACCAGCGCCGUGUAGCCGUCCGUAACCUGCAGGCCCACACACAGUACAGCUUCGAGAUCCAGGCGGUCAACGGUGUUUCAAGCAAGAGCCCUUAUACACCUCAGUUCUCCGCAGUGAAUAUCACCACAAAUCAGGCCGCUCCAUCUGCAGUGCCCACAGUUCACCUGAUGGCGGCCACAGCGAGCACCAUGAGCCUGUCCUGGCUGCCUCCAGACAAACCCAACGGAAUCAUUCUGGAUUAUGAGAUUAAGUACCAUGAGAAGGUAAGCGGCAAUGAUCAGGGUGAGGCCAUCGCCCACACCAUGACUGCCCAGCGGAGCAACGCACGCAUUGAAGGUCUCAAGGCUGGUACCCCUUAUGUGGUACAGGUCCGUGCCCGAACUGUGGCCGGUUACGGCCGUUACAGCAGCCCAGCCGACUUCAGCACCAACCUGCAAACUGACCCUCCGAAGUCAUGGCAGGAGCAGCUGCCACUCAUCGUGGGAUCAGCCACCGCCACCUUGGUCUUCAUCAUCGCGGUUGUGGUCAUCGCUAUCGUCUGCCUCAGAAAGCAGAGAAAUGGUUCAGAGUCGGAGUACACAGAGAAACUGCAGCAGUACAAAUCCCCUAUAGUAACGCCGGGAAUGAAGGUCUACAUUGACCCCUUCACCUACGAGGACCCCAACGAAGCAGUGCGCGAGUUUGCCAAGGAGAUAGAUGUCUCCUGCGUGAAGAUCGAGGAGGUCAUCGGCGCAGGUAACCCACCAAAGCUCCUGAGCUACAGGGGGAAGACUGCUAGUCACCUCCAGGCCAUUCCGUUAGAGGACUUCACACCAAGCGGAGAGUUUGGCGAGGUGUGCCGCGGUCGCCUCAAGCUGCCCGGGCGCCGGGAGAUCAUCGUAGCCAUCAAGACCCUCAAAGUGGGCUACACUGACCGCCAGAGGCGAGACUUCCUGUCCGAGGCCUCCAUCAUGGGCCAGUUCGACCACCCCAACAUUAUCCGACUGGAAGGUGUGGUCACCAAGAGUCGGCCAGUGAUGAUCGUGACCGAGUUCAUGGAGAACGGGGCCCUGGACUCUUUCCUAAGGCUCAAUGACGGGCAGUUCACAGUGAUCCAGCUGGUUGGCAUGCUGCGUGGCAUCGCAGCAGGCAUGAAGUACCUGUCAGACAUGAACUACGUGCACAGAGAUUUGGCUGCCCGCAACAUCCUGGUCAACAGUAAUCUAGUGUGUAAGGUGUCCGACUUCGGCCUAUCUCGUUUCCUCGAGGACGACCCGACAGACCCCACCUACACCAGCUCGCUGUAUUUCAUGCUCACCUACUCAUUCGCAUAUCCACAGGGAGGGAAAAUCCCCAUUCGCUGGACAGCUCCUGAGGCGAUCGCCUACAGGAAGUUCACCUCAGCCAGUGAUGUGUGGAGCUACGGCAUCGUCAUGUGGGAAGUGAUGUCGUACGGCGAGCGGCCGUACUGGGACAUGAGCAAUCAAGAUGUGAUAAAUGCCGUGGAGCAGGACUAUCGACUUCCCCCACCCAUGGACUGCCCCACAGCACUGCACCAGCUCAUGUUGGACUGCUGGGUAAAAGAGAGAAACCUGCGGCCCAAAUUCACCCAGAUUGUGGCCACGCUGGAUAAGCUUAUCCGCAAUGCUGCCAGCCUCAAGGUGGUCACCAACAGCACACAGUCCACUGGGGUAUCCCAGCCCUUGCUUGACCGCUGUGUGCCAGACUAUACCACUUUCACCACUGUGGGGGACUGGCUGGACGCCAUCAAGAUGAGCCGCUACCGUGACAACUUCGUCAACGCCGGAUUUGCUUCCUUUGACCUGGUGGCCCAGAUGACAGCAGAGGACUUGCUGCGGAUAGGGGUGACGUUGGCUGGCCAUCAGAAGAAGAUUCUUGGUAGCAUUCAGGACAUGAGACUACAGAUGAACCAAACACUUCCUGUUCAGGUGUGAGCGACGGGACACACAGACCGAUGCAGUCGAAGGACAGCCAGACAGGAAAAGGGGGGAGGAACUGUGCCAGAGAGAGCCAUUGGAAAACCCUAGCUGCCUGACCCAUCUCUGCCACUUAGACGCUAUGAAACUGGCUUGUGGUGCCUCUGAAUAUUUUUUUUUCUUUAUUUCAUUACCACUUCCAUUUCCUGUUUCUGCUUUUUUUGUUAUUCGUCAUUGUUUCUUUUUCCAUCCAAUCAGAAUUUGUGUGUUUUUGAAGGAGGAGAAAGAGUUAACCCCCUUAUAUCCCAUGCGUGCCUCACCAGCUCUGGUGUGGGUUGACGUUUGCAUGCAUGUGUGUUUUAGUAAGGUUGGCCUUAGCCCUGUAACUGAAACGUCUGAUCACUGAUCCUCACGCAAGAGCCCUUCCCUUUGACCCCUCGGCCCAGCUCUGAUGGACAUAAUAUAUAGUAAAAGUACGAACACCCUGGGUAUAAAAAAAAAAAAAAGUGAACAAAUGUUCACACACAUAAAAAAAAAAAAAAAAAAACUAAACAAAAACAGAGGUGUUCUGGACCCACAGGAGAUAGAGGACAAUUCUUUCCCUGAUAGAAGUUGUUUUACUGUGCACAUGUGUUGUUCUCCAUCUUCAUAUUGAAGGUGUGUUAUCUAAAAGGGCACUUGCUGGAGACGGGUGAGGUGGUGGAGGAGGAAAUAUGACGGGCUGAGGUCAAAGGUUAAGAGCAUGACAUAGGUCAAGAAGGUCAAAGUAGUGCAGCCACAUUUUUGGACAUUUGUUUUGGCUGCUGAAUCCUCAGGAGGUCACCAGAUGACCUCUUCACUUUGACCUGAAAUGACUUAGGAUAGUUCCACAGCUUGGGAUCACCUGCUCAUCAAGUGUGUUUUUACACAUAAAAAUGUUUUAUUUUUGUCUGUCCACACUACAUUUUUUCUUUUUUCCCCUGUUUUUUUUUUUUUUUGGCUUUCUUACAAAUUUUUUGGGAGAUUUGAGGUUUAAAAAUGGCCGGCCAAUCCUGAGUAACCCCACUGGACACUUUAUGUGAUUAAGGGGAGACAUGGACUGUGGCAACACUAUAGAAAGACCACUUGGCCUUUUGUGUGCGUUUUUGUAUGUAUGUGUGUGUGUCUGUGUCUGUGUCUGUGUGUGUGUGUGUGUGUGUGUGUGUGUGUGUGUGUGUGUGUGUGUGUGUGUGUGUGUGUGUGUGUGUGUGAUUCAGUGUACGUGAUUCAGUGUGCGUGGAUGUGUGGAUGUGUCAGGUUGCACACAAGUAUACUGUACAGUAUGGCUUCCGCUAUUUGCCACUGUGGAGAAUUAACGCAUGAACUGAACCGUGACAAGGAGCAAAUAUAUCUGAAACAAUUACGCUAUAUUCUGUGGACAACUGUUAAACAUUCUUUUUUAUUGAAUCCAAAACAAUGAACUUGGGACAUACACACAUAUAUAUAUAAAAUUAUAUAUAUAUGCAUCAUGCAGAAAAUGAGAGAAACCAUAACGGACACCUUACUUUCUACUUAACUAUUAUCUGGAUUUAGAAAUAAUCAAAAUUCUUGUUUUAAUUUCUUGACAUCCUGCCCUAUGUAUUUAUUUGUACCUCGCCCGCCAAACCCCCCCACCCCCGCCCACCAACACUCAGAUGGACUGUAGGCCAUUUGGGACAGUGGACUUGGAACAAUCAGAAGGAAGAGAAACUCCAAGAGGAUUCACCUAAUGAAUUGAUGACUAUUAAACAAAAGAAAUUGCAUAUAAAUUGGAUAUUGUAUUUUUGUUGUUGUUCUAAACAGCCUGUACAUGUUUUGUAACAAAAAUACGAUAAAUAACAAAAGAAAAAUGGUGUUUUGACUAAAUGGAAGUGUCGUUGUGAAAUGAUUCGGAGUGAAAUGAACAGAAAGAAAAAGGAGGAAGAGACAUGGGUGGGGGGGGGAGUCAGGACUGAGAGAGGAGGAGAUAACCCCAUGGUUAGAGAGCUGCUAACAUGUUGCCCUUUUGCUCUCCAUCCAUCGUAGUGUUAGUGUCUGUGUAGGUGUGCUCAAGUUUGUGUGUGCCGCCUGAACUGGAUGUUAAUCUUCCCCCAAUCCAUCCUCAGUCUCAACAUAAAGAGCAUUUGUGAACCUGAGCUGUAACUAAUUGUCUUCCAGGCACAUUGUUUUCAAUUCAAAACCCCCCGCAGACCACUAUGAUGUAUCUCUGUGGUUUAAUUGUACUUAUUUGCCAACACCUCCAACAAUAGGAUCCUCCCAACCCAUCUAAUGUGGGACGGUUAAGAGUCAUUAGGGGAAAGGUACAGAGAUGAUGCAGUCUACCUGCCAAUCAUUUCAAUUGUCCCAGAGGCGACGCUCCGUCACAAGACCUGCAGUUUGCCCCUCUGCAACGAGAUCUCAUCAGAGAAUCCAGUGCUGUCAGAAGAGAAACCUAUUGGUCUUUGUCUGUCAGGUCGAUUAAUGCAGCAGCCAAUCUGGCAUUGCGGGCAUACGAGCAUGCAGCGAGCGUAGACAUACGGUGAGCUGACCUAUCAUUAUCUCUCUUCAUUUCCUGUCUGGCCUGCAAUCAUCCUGUUUCAGGCUGCUUCAUGAUUAGUACAGUGCAGGAUCAACAGCCCUGGCACGCAGACAGCCAAAAUCUGCAGGCCACCCCCCCACCUCCCACCCACAGCCCCCUCCUCAUCCUAAAUGAUAGCAGCUGCAUCGAGGAGACCGUACUAUUUGCGCUUGUGACAGAGGGGUGUUUGAAGGUAGCGGAUUAAGGGAUGGGGCUGCAUCACUGGUGUGAUCUUCCUGUCUCCAAAUUGUUUGGGUUGGGUCCUGAUCAAUGCAAAAUGUGACUAUUAUUAGCUUGGUGUGUAAUGAUAGCGUGAUGUUGCAGUGUGUCUUGCCAUAUUACUUUUUUCAGCCACGCUUAAGACCCUUCAAAAGCCAUGCAGAAUAUUAUGCAAAACAGCAAUGUGUUCCACAUUUUCUAUUGUUUCAUCUUAUUCCACGUACAGAUGUUUUCACUGCCGCUAGUACACUCUUUAAAAGGCUUAGUAACCAAUAACAGUUGUACUACACAAUCGAAAAGUAGUUUUAACAGUUGUGUACUCACACUAUACAGGAAAUAAGUCCCAAAAUUUUCAAUUGUUUUCAUCAGAGUGUCAGUUCUGAUUUCUGAUAUGAUGGCUCAGAAUCAGCAGAGCCGGUACCAUCAACAAGAUACGCUACCAUGAUGAUGAGAAUGUGCUCAAAGUGCCUGUUAGAUGAGCAAACAUUUUAUUUUAUUUUUUUUAUUUUUAUUUUUUUGUCUUGAUAUCAUUUCUGAGGAAUUGUUUUGUUUUUCACAAAGCAAAACAGCAUUUUGAUUGAAGGAGAGUGAUGGAGUGUACACAUUUGGAGAUGGCAGAAGAGCAGAAUUAAUGCAAUCAGAAGCUCACUUUCACUCAACGUCUCUCAGGAAUAUACAACAUCACUCCCUUUUCCUCCACUCAGCUCAAUCAUUCAAUCAGCUAAGCCCCACUGUUGCAAACAUGCAUGUGGCACCAAACAAGACACAGUCAACAGGGUGGGGGUGGUUGGGGUGAGGUGUGGGGGCAGGAGGGGCGGGGGGCAGCACAUCGGUGCUAAACACAAUCAGAUGGCAGACAUACCCACUCAUGAAAAAUGGCAGUGCUUUGGAGUUUGCAUGAAGUAUUGAUGAGGUGCACAUGGUGUGCCGGGAUCUGGAGUUGUGUUCACUGAAGUCAACCAGCCGUGAGAGAUGAGCUCAACUGGCACUGUUGCACAUCUUAAAAUGAUUAAACUGCCGACACAUCAACUGCAAACAAUUAAUCAUUAAGUGGAUUUUUCACACAUUCUUGGGAGUGUUUAAUAUUUAACAUACACACAGAGGAAAAGCUCUCGCUCUCAUGUGUUUUUUUUUUUUUUUAUUUGUUCAUCUUCCUGACUGCAAGUUGCUAAAACGAAGAUGGACUGUUGUGUUUGUGUGUGUGUGUGUGUGUGUGUGUGUGUGUGUGUGUGUGUGUGUGUGUGUGUGUGUGUGUGUUUGGACUAAAACGAUUGCCAUUUUAUACAAAAAACAUUUUUUGAUCAGCAGAGACUAGGCUUUGUCAGAUGUGGUUAUCUCUUUGUGUGCCAAUAGAAUUCAAACUAUCCCAACAUUCCUUCCAUCUUUCUUUCCCCUAUUUUACAUCCUCAACAGAUCAUCAAACACACACACUCGCCCUCCCUCAGAGCCCUUUUACUUGCAACUUUCUAACUUUCUUUUCUUCAGUUGUCUGUUUUAAAUAAAUAUACGCGGUUCUGUCCUUUCUUUUAGUCUUACAACAAGCUCACGGCAAAUCUGUCUUGGUCACUUUUGAAAACUCCCUCUUCGUACAAGGAAGCGAGAUGUUUCAGAGAGUACUGUACAUGUGUAGUGAUCGGAAUAAAGCGCAGAGAAAUGCAAUUGUUAAUUCCUCUUUGAAAAGCAUUGAGAUGUAUUUAAUGGUGCAGACAUACACAGCAAAUUACUAAAAAUGAUGAUGCAUUCUUGUAGAAAUAUUUUUAAAAGACCCUUUUGCAAUUAAAUUAUUUAAGAAAUGUGA